CUUUCGAAGACCCUAUUUAAUGUGUCUCGAUCACUUUUAACCCCCGAAGAGCGGUGAAUCGGGAAAGUCGACUAAAAUCAAUCGAAGAUGCCGGUACUCUUUGACCGCCCCGACGGCGAUCAAAGAUCAGUGACAGUCAGUCUAACUGACCACGAAUGGGGAAAGCUUGGUACGAAGAACGCGUGUCUCCUUCGCUUCCAGGUCGACUUCCGGUAUGGCAGAGACCAGAGGUUCCGUGAAGCAAGAAUCGAGUUGCUUUUCUCUGCCACCGACGGCGAAAAUCCGGAGAUCAAAAACUACGGUCCUGUGCGCCUCGAAUCGGAGCCCACGAAGGAGGAACACGUCAACAGCACAAAUGGGCAGGUAGCCGUGAGCGUCCCAACCAUCCAAGGUGUCGAGGCCACUAUCGGCGCAAAUCGCCAAUCCUCGUGGACCCAAUUACACUCCGGAAAAGUUCAAGGCCAUCGGAAACUCCAGAAAGGGAGUACGCGACAGGACGCGCUUUCUUUCCAGAUGGAAGAAGAUGGUCGUGCGAAAGCCGGGGUCCCUAGAAUAGUUAGGGCGGCUGUGGUGGUAGAGACCGAUUCCGAUUUCACCGUAUCGGCUGUCAAACCGUGGACGAAUCCUUACGGCUUCGCUUGGACACCUCACAACAAGAAGCUGCAAGUUGACAAUCCUGUGCCAGUACCUUUCGAGGAGGGAAAGCAGGACUUCUCGGGGCUGACAUCUGAUGACUGGAACAACAUGGUUUUACUUGGAAGUGGCCCGCAACUUCUCAAUAAUUCGGGUUCCGAAAUAGAUAUUGCUGCAGGUCCCUCCGAUUAUCCAGCCCCAACUCUGCCAGAGUUCAAAUGGAGCAAGGAGCAUACCCGCUGGUAUUACCAAAAUGGCUCGACCUGGGUAUGGGUCCAAGGGCCAUGGGGACAGAUGGAAGAUGCCAUCCUCGGAUGGCAGAGGCAUCCAGACAAGAUGGACCGGUACUACGAUGGCGAGAAUUGGAAGGACUUCGGUCAAUGAGCACCAGUCAAUGUACAAUUGGGAGGCGGAGACACUAAAUCGGCGGCAUGUAAGGUGUUGAGGAUGGUGAAGUGAGGAGGACGAGCGUGGCUGCCUGGCUGCUCGAUUCGAUUAGUUCUUUUUCGGUUAGCGUCCUCACACCUCUCGUUCCUGGCGCACCUCCAUUCGUUCUCCUCUUCGCAUCUUCUCGACUUUACGACCGUUAGCAGAUCGCUACUCUCUAUACUCCUCGGUGUGACUAACAACAGACUAGGGGUUCAAUAGAGAAUGCUCCGGUAUCUCCGGACAGACCGAUACCUUGCUAUUUGAC